GUUCGUGCAUUCUUGUGGGCGGAGAACAAAUUUCGGUUCCGGGUGUUUUUACACUUCUCUCGAAGGCGUUCAUUUGUCUGAUUAUGGUCUUAAAUCAUAAAGUAAAAGAAAUUCACGAACAUUCAAGGUAGAGAACAGUUUUAUUGAAAGAACAAACAGAACAUCAGCAAAGAUGACAACCAGAUCAGAGAGAGAGAAGGCCCUGAAACUCAACGAGCAGCAUCAGGCCAUUCUGUCCAAAAUGCUGAGAGAGGACGACAACAAAUACUGCGCCGAUAUGAACCAGCAGAUGUCAGGGAUGAGUCUGAAUGGUGCCGGGGGGGCCAUGGCCUUCGGUCAGCCUGCCUCCACCAUGGGAGGCUGGGCCGCCGCACCCUCCGGUCAGACCCUCAGCAACCAGCUCUGGAAGUGACCCCGCCCCUGGAGGUCAAAGGUCAGGGAUUAGGGGUCAGGGCAGCGGCAGAGAGGGUUGCAACCAGGGGGUCCGAAAUCCAACAUCCAACCCCCCAGCAACCUUACUAUGAACUGAUGCCCGUUCUCCAAUUGAUACUGACCACUCUCUAACAUCGAGCUUAUCUGGCUCUGUUCGCAUACUGAAGAGAUGCAGCCUUCCUUCCUUGUUUCCUUCAGGUAAUCACAGAUCCAUUGGUGAUUGGACAGGUGAAAGCAAGGUGACCGUCUUAUUAGUCUGACCGACCCAAUCAGAUCAGGGAUUACUUCAAGGAAGGAAGGAAGCAUUUCUGAAGUAUUCAAACGGGGCACAUCUCUCUCUUUCUGUCACUUUCUAUCCAUCGCGCUCUCUUUCCGUCUCUCUUUUGUGAGUAAAUUGGGAGUCCUCAUACAUACACCAUCAUACGCAGGCUGGCAGUCAGUGCCUGUUACAUGUUGUGGAUAUCAUAACUCUUUUAAUUUUCCUUUUUUGGAAAGAAAAAAACGACAACCACAACAAAUACAACAACAAAGACAUCAUCGACAACAUAUCGAAAAAGCUGCAGGACCAGUUACACAAGCUUUUAUUGUAUCAUUAUAAAAAUUGUUAUAGAGAAUUAAAGAAUAGUAUUUAAGCUUUGGGAGAAGACAUGGCUAUCAUUUCUGUGAAUACUGCUCUCCUAUGUACAGCUCUGUAUAACCUUUUAAACUACCUGUUGUUCCCCUACAAAAUAAAUGAUAAACCAAUGUGUCUUA